UAGAUUCGGUCGCCUGAUACUGACACUGGACUCGUGUCGCACUAAACCGUACGAGUGCAACAUUAAGGGAUUAUACCGCUGUAAAAUUUUCAAAAAAUCGAAAAAAAUUUGUUUUGCUUAAAUAAUGCCUUAAUGUCUUAAAAACAAGUUCCAAUUGGUUUUAUAGCUUAAAACAUUUUUAUGAUGUUUUUAUGAACGUACAGUCGCAGCGCCGUUUUGAGCGUAUCUCAGCACGGCCGCCGCGCACACUUAGAUCUUUGAAUUCCAUAAGUAAAAAGUAACUUACUUUCGAAUAAUGAGCUUCCCCAAGUAAUUGUAGAUGGCAUUAGUAAUUCUUUGGAAAAAAAAAACGAUUCUAUAGCUCAGGUCCGUUUCUACUAAUGUAAAUUAACUUUAUGUUUAGUGAUAAAAAAACUUUUAUCACUAUCAUGAGUAAUAAAAAAGUGUAUCAAGGCCGUAAAAGAUCGAAAUAUAAAACGUGGUGCUUAAAAAAAACUCUAUUGAAACGACCAUUGAAUCAUUUCGAAGCAGAGUCGAGUUUCAAAGGUUUGAGUGCGUCCGCAAAAAAACUAAAAUUAUCUGAAGAUAAAUAUAAUGUAGAAAUAAAUAACGCAUUUGGUUAUCGCUUUAUUAAUUUUAUGUCUGUAAUGAAUGCCAUUUCUCAAGCAGUUGUGUGCAGAAAGUGUGGAACCAAUGUGACUUUUACUGAGUCCGUUAAUCGCGGCUUGGGAUUUAAAAUUGUUAUUACUUGCAAACAAUGUGACAAGACUGAAUUUCCUAAUAGUUCAUUGAUUAAAAAUGCAUAUGAAAUUAAUCGUAGAUUUACGCUUACAAUGCGAUUAUUAAACGUCAGGUUGAAUGGUAUAAAAAAAUUUUGUGCAUUUAUGGAUCUCCCGCGGCCAAUAUAUUCAUCAUUUUAUAAUGCUGUUGUUAAAAUGAUUUCGAAGGCUACGAAGGAAGUACGAAAUCAUAUACGUAGAGCAGAGGAGGAAGAAAAAGCCAUGUCUAUUGUUAAAAGAAUUAACGAUGGUAUUACUGUUUUGGGAGAUGAAUCUUGGCGAAAGCGAGGAUUUUCGUCGCUCUACGGCAUUGUAUCUCUCAUCGGCUGGCUAACUGUUAAAAUUGUCGAUAUCGAAGUAAAGUCGAAAUACUACAAAGUAUGUGAAUUUUGGCAAAAAAAGGAAGGUACUGCAGAACAUGAAGAAUGGUUUAAGUCGCACAAAAAUGAAUGCCAAUGUAAUCACAAAGGAUCUGCAGGAAAAAUGGAAAUCGAUGCGGUAGUUGAAAUGUUCCAGCGCUCUGAACAUUUACAUAACGUUAAAUAUGUAAAUUACGUUGGUGACGGUGAUAGCAAGAUAUUUAAAGGCAUUUUAGAUGCUGAGCCUUACAAUGAUAUAAGUGUACAAAAAAGGAAUGCAUUUCUUACACAAAAACGCAUGGGAACUCGACUCCGUAAUUUUAAAAAAAAUAUAAAAGGACUCGGUGGAAAAGAAAAACUCACAGGAAAAUUAAUUGAUGAACUGAGUGUUUUUUUGGUUUGGCAAUAAGAAGAAAUCACGAUUCUGUGGAAAAA